AUGGAUUCCAUCACUAGUGAUUUUUUGCCCAUGUUGAUCAACCCCCUUGACGAUCUUGUUGAACCCUUCUCCAGUGGAUUGGAAAGCAAGGUUGAGGAAGACUUGAACCCUCCAAGGCCUACUGAAGAUGAAGAACUAGGAGAAAUACAUCAGGAGGCACCACCAGAGACGCAGACCACCACUGAGGUCCAGCAGCCUCUUGAGGUCCAGCAUGACAUACUUGAGCUACAGCCAGUGCCACCUCCAGUUCCACAGCCCGAGCCUGAGCAUGAGCGUGCGAUUGUNGACCAGGCAUUUGCAUCACAGGGUAUUGAGCUUCCUCCACUUCCAGACUCUUCCGCCUCUGACGAGCAGGACCAGGAGGAGGAGCAUAGUGAGGAGCCGAUACAUCAGGAGGCACCACCAGAGACGCAGACCACCACUGAGGUCCAGCAGCCUCUUGAGGUCCAGCAUGACAUACUUGAGCUACAGCCAGUGCCACCUCCAGUUCCACAGCCCGAGCCUGAGCAUGAGCCACAGCCUGGUGCGAUUGUUGACCCCCAUCCAGAGCUUUAG